UCGCUAACUCGCAUUUGACUUGUGAACACCUACCUUAGAUAGCUUGAAUUCAAAAAUUGUAAAAAUGUCCCGCCGCAUUGCUACGCUUAAUGUUUCUCCGCCAGAAAUAGUUGUUAUUUUGGAAGACGAUAACACGUAUAACCAAAAAAUAACACUAUUCAAUCCAUACCCUGUUGCCCUGAAAUAUGACGUGUAUACAAAUAUCGAGUCAAAAUUUAAAAUAGAAAAGAAGGGCUUGCCGGUAAUCAAGGCGCGCUCGAGCACUCAAGUGUACAUCAGAUGUGUGAAUCCGGUUGCCGAAGACUGCAACGUAGAAAAUAGUUUUUUUAUCACUUUAACAGACAUCAGUACAGAAGAGAUUGUUCUUCAAACAUGUAUCCGUGGAGUAGUGCGGUCCUGUGGUGAAAAACAAGUCACAAAAAAUCGAAAACAAACAUGUGACAAAACUGAAAAAACACAGAACGCUACAAAAAGAGACCUUGAGGUUUUUGCUUGCGAAAUCGGCCAUCAGGAAAGAGACGAGUCGCCGUCAAAACCAGUGGAAGAAGUUGAUAAUCAAGCACAGGAAAACACCUGCAGGCCUGCAUCGUGCAAAUUAUACUUAUUGCUCUGUGCAAUUGUGCUGUUUCUCCUAGCGAUAAAUUGUUUACCGAAAAGUCGACCGUCACAAGAAAUAUCCGUACGAGAACGCUGGUUCUUUUAUGUUACGUGGCAAGUACAAGUAACAUGCUUGGUGGGAUUUAUUUCGGCCUUUUACUUUAAGCACGAAAUAUUAAUGAUUAAAACGAGUUUAACUAAUUUAUUUAGUGAACCAGAAACAUAGUUAAAAAUAAUUUGUAAAAAAAUUAGAAAAUCAAGGCAUAGCCAAAAUUCAAAUGCUGUCAUAAGAAUCUUCAAAAUUUUUGUACGUAUAUAUAAAUCUACAUAUCGCAGUGCUACUUUUUGUUUCGGAGAUACUUACGACAAAAGAACAGAAAACAGAAGACAUGAGGGAUAAUUUAAAACUCCGUGUAUUUGGUUUGGAAAAAUUAGUCAUAAAACCACGGUUAUCGUGCGCGAUCUACGCUGUCCACGUUGCACUUGCUUCGUACACAUUAGCGCACGAUGUUUUACAACUUCAAAAACCACAAAAUGUAACACUACAGAAAUACACCAACCACCGUUUUCCGCGUUGCUCCGCUGGAAAUAAAUUUACAUUUAGGAAACGAAAGCUGACAAUACAUACAUACUUUCGGUAUGGUCAAGGUGGAACGAACACGGACACAGUCAGUGACACGAAACCCUCGAGUUCAGUAGAAACCAUUGCAUAGCCAAAUUCAACUAUAUUAAGGAUAUAUUAAGGAUGUGCAUGGCGGACCUGAAAACGGACAAGACUCAAACAGUAGGUCCGAAAACGAACCCUGACUUUCAAGGCUGGUACUAAUUUAGGGCCCGAUUAGACGAUUGUAAAGUUAACCUUAUGUAUACCUAAACUUUUAAAGCGAAUGAUUUAUUAGAGGAAGAAACACACUUUAAAAAAUUACAAUAUUUUGAGAUCAUCCGAAAUGUAACGUUUUUACAAGACCAUCUUUAGAGAGAUUGGGGACUGUUAUUAAUGGUGCAGCUCAGAAUCAAUUUUUGAUUUAUUCUAGAGAAACCAGACUUUGACCCCGCGUACGAUUCCUUGGAUAACGAAAUGACAUACGCCAUAAGUCCGGUUGGUCCGGCAGACAGCCCCUAUUUUCCCUUUGGGGCGAGACCAGGGAACUAGUUAUCGCCCGCGAAGCCCAAGGCCGGGUUCAGGCCGACGAAGGAAGAACGGCCGCAGACGGGAAACUCUAUAGAGAACAACCAGUGGUAUGGUUCGCACGAAUUCAAUAAGUAUCCCAGCUGCACCUCGCCCAA